UUUUUUUUAUUUUUACAAGUAGUAUCCAAUUUUAAUUGGUUUAUUAAUUGUUUGUCAACCGCUAUGCAUAUUUCCUUUACCUUGAUGUUAAAGUACAAUAAGAAAUAUAUCUAUAAGCAAAAUCUUAUUUAAUUUUCGUUCUGCAAACUGAAAUUUAUAGGCUAUUAGAAAGAAACACUUACUCAGACUUCCUACUGCAUAUAGUGAAAGUUUGGGCAAUUAUAAGGAAAUAAUUUACUGCAAAACAUGGAAAGUCAGGAUCAUAAAGAACGUACCAAACGCGAUGUAUGCGUCGGCAUAUGUGCAGUUAUAUCAGCAUUCUUAUGGCUUGGAGCAGUGACUCUUGGUAUUCUGGUCGACGCAAAUGGGAUGUGUUUCAACAAUCUAAGAUUCGCAAUAUUUCGAAACAAGAGUCACGUGAUUUUCGAUUCAUGGAUGACUGAUUUAACGCCCCCAAAAUGGACGCACGCGAUAUGGGAGUUCAUAUAUACAUGGAACAUGCUAUGGGUGGCUUAUUGCGUGGCAACUAUGUGCAGGCCAGUGGCUAAAAGAAAAGAUAAAAAGGUCAACAAAAAUAUUGAACUGUUUCCCGCAAAGUUUCACGUCACGUGGUGCGCGUGCUCACUGACUCAUGUUGGUUGGUUAUUGUUGUGGGACCGAGAAGCCUUUGUUGCGUCACUAUUCCUACAAUUGUUCGUCAUAACCGGAUCCAUCUUGGCCCUUAUUACGUCACACAAAGCAGUUUAUGGUGUUGGAGCAUUGCUGCAAUACAAACGUCCAUGGGAUCUCUGGGUUGCUCGAACUCUGGUUCAAAAUGGGAUUUCCGUUUUGUUGACUUGGAGCAUUUAUCUGCUGAUCAUAAACGUGAUAAUUCUGAUGACCUACCAAGCUCAAUUGCCUAUGCACAUUACAAGUACAAUAGCCCUCGCUGUCUUUGGCGGAAUCGUGCUGCUAUGGUUUAUUAUAGAGAUGGCAGUUUUCGAUCGUUGGACGAGAUAUACUUUUACAAUCUAUCCCACAGUUGCUUGGAUAGCCUGUGGCAUAAUAGUUCGCCAGUUCUACCCUUGGUCACCAGUUACCAUUUGUGCAAUCACUCUGUUAUGCCUUGCUGUUUUGAUACUGGUAAUAAGGGUGCCAAUUGUCGUUUGGCGAAGCUACAGCGACCCAUUAUACGUGGAACAGACGAUUGAAACGAAAAUGGUAGCGGUGACCCCGCCCACACAAUGUAUCACGACAAUUCUUUAAUCAUUGGUGUUUUCUAAAGCAUAAUAUAAUACAAUCCUGCUGUAAAUACACAGUCAAAUAAAUAUCUACUGCCAAUCAAG